CCGACAGAGCAAGCACCCCCACGUACCUACUUCCCCUAGCGCCAAGUCUAAACCGGUCGAAACAGGGGACACAGGAAGUACUGCCUUGAGUUUGAAGCGUCUCGCCUUUCCCUGCAGUCAUUGUGAAUCGAUUUUUUACUCGAUGGAGGCGCUUCUCAAACACCAAGCGGAUAGCCAUUCUAUUCCGUGUAAUUACUGCGACCAUCAAUUCCCCACGUAUGCAACCCGGGAUCAACAUGAAGCACUACAUCUCGAAUACAAGUGCAAGCAUUGUGACUGGAAGUUUGCCUCAGAGAAUACUCUGGACCAGCACGUCUCGGACUUGCAUUCCUCGAAAUGCAAUCACUGCGGGUCCCAGCUCUCCUCCGUUACAGCGCGGAACCAGCACUACAAGAGUUGCAAACUUGCCACUCGUUUCUGCUACACGUGUACCCCAGUGCAAUCGCAAAUUUAGCUUAGCUUCCGCAUUGCAUGCCCACGGAAUGACGACGCAUCGGCAUGGAAUAUGGACCCGUGCGAUCUCCGUAGCAAAUUCCACUGCAUCAUCUUCUCAGUCUGUCCGAAACACUAGCCCGGUUGCUGCUAGUGUGUCGGGUUACACAGGCGAACAGUCCCUAGCAAGUCCCACAUCUGAUCCUGAAGGACAAAGUGUUUUGGAUACCCAACCUCACGGCGGCGACAUAGAGGUUGCCACAGAAGAUCAAACUGCAAGCUGCUGUCCAUCCUGUCGGAUCAUCUAUGAGUCGUACGAGGAUUUCCGAACCCAUACCUGCGAGUUCAGAAAGAUGGAGAUCCCUCUUCAUUGCACAUACUGUUACAGUCGCUUUGUGGAUGGUGCGUCACUAGAAAACCACCUGGCCGAAAGGGACUCCUUCUCUUGUACCGUGUGCAAUGUGCAGUUCUGUUCCGACGACUUACUUCACGAUCACCUCGAAACCCAUCCGAAGUGCCGAAAAUGUGAAGCAUCGUUCGCAGACGAAACUGAACUUUACCGGCAUACGGAAGUAGGGCAUCCGGUGGUUGUAUGCUGGGACUGCGGAGGCGCAGUAGUCUCACAGGAAAGUCUCGACUUACAUUACGCUUCAGAGCACCCGUCGUGCACCAUUUGUGGGUCUGUCAUGGAAAGCUCUGACAUGCUGCCCAAGCAUCUUGAGAAUGAGCAUGGUAUUGCACAGGCUGCAAACUCUGACACCAGAAGCUCGUCGGUCACCACUUGCGGGUCUAUAGGAAGUCGCAUUUCUGACCACAACAAUAUAUGUUCCAAUUCACAGGGAUCCACUCCUUCUUUCACCUCACUGCUUACGCAGGCCUCUUCGGAUGAAGGAUACAUCACAACUUCGUCAACCCUAUCUGUGAGCAGCGAUGGAAUGGCUCACUCAGGCGCAGACAACUCGGCAACCCGGAUGCAGAGCUUCUGUGAUGAUAAGGGUUCACCCACUCCGUCUAGAUCUUCACGGGACCUCUCACCUUCCCAUGGGUACGCGGAGUCGAAUCCAAGUUUCUCCAUUGAAUAUGUGAGGGCGGAGGAUAACCACGUUCAAGUGCUGAAUGGAGAUGCGAGGUCGUCGCCAUCCUCAAGUACUCGUAGUCCAGGAGAGCUGUCGUCUUCUGCCUCGUCUCUCAACUCUGAGUCCAUCGUUGACCCUCGAGAGUCGGUUCUUGAGUCCAAAAAGGAAUACAAGCUUUCUGCUGGACAACUUUCUGGGAGGGAGUUUCGCCUUCAUUGCAGGAUUUGUAGGUCGAGAUCCUUGUGAAGAUAUGACCGCAACGAUUUGUGGCCACCUAUUCUGCAAAAGGUGCAUCACGCAGGCCGUCGUCGCCAAGUCUGAAUGUCCGGUAUGCAAGAGUGCCACACUGCUCUACUGCUUGUUUCGGCUCUACCUUGCCGCUUGAAAGUUUCUUCAUAUUUUCGAACGCGUGUCUCCUAUUUUUCUCUAUGAUUGCUUGUUCUGCGGUCCCAAACAUUGGUGUAUACUACUUACCUCCUGUAUCGAAGGGUGCUGGUCACUGGAAGAAUACGCACAUUAU